GAAGGGCAGGAAUUUGGGGAAAGCCUCCACCAGAAGCAAUCCCAAAUGAGCGUGGCCACAUUAAGGAUCAAACCCGGCGGGCUCCGUGUUCCCCACUGGCAUUUCAACGCCAACGAACACGGCUACGUGCUGCAAGGAACGGCGUGGAUCGGCGUGGUCACCAAUGAGAACGUCACCACUUUCAAGGCGUCGGAAGGCCAGGUGGUUUUUUUCCCCCGCAACGCCGUGCAUUGGAUCAAGAAUUUCGGGGCGGAGGAUUUGGUGAUCCUCCUUUUCUUCGGGAGCCACGAAGAGGUGAAAACUUUGGACGUGGACGACGCCUUUUUCGGCAUGCCGGAAGAUAUCGUGGCUCAGGCGCUGCAGGUUUGGUCCUGGAAGGUGAACUUGGUGCUGGUUCGGUCAUUUUAGAGUGUCCUAUGGGUU